GUGGGGUGGGGUACGGAUCCGAGCGCCCGCCUUAGCCCUCUGGACUCCGAGUGCGAGGUGGAGGAACCGAAAGCCGGAGGACGCUGGAGGGAAGCCCGCCCGCAAGAGGCGCUGGAUCACGGUGGGCUCGCUCCCACCCCAAGUGAGGGUCUGGACGGCCAAGCCGAGCGGGAGCCCCUUUUCUGAUUUUCCCGAUUAGAAGAGGAGUCAUGUCAGAAGAAACAGUAAGCGAAUCACAGUUUUCCUUGAAGACAGCAGCGCUAAAAGUGUUUGAUCUUCCUCUAUCUUGGUACUAUUCUCUCUCCCAGAUCAGAUUUUCGCCAGUAGCUAAAAAGUUGUUUGUGGUAACUGCAGUGAGUGCUGUAUCUGUAAUUUUUCUGGCACAUCACUUUAAAAGAAGACGUGGAAAGAAGAAAGGAAAAAUAUUACCCUGGGAACCAGAGCACCUCAUACUUGAAUAUACAAAAAGAGCAGCGUCAGAAAAAGGUUCAAGUUGUUCCAGUAGUAGACAAAAUUUGACAUUAUCUUUAAGUUCUGUCAAGGACAAAGGAUCUCAGUCUUGUAACUAUGCUAAUGGAGGACUUUUCAGUAAAUACUCAGGUUCUGCACAGAGUUUGGCCUCUGUCCAGAGUGUCAAUUCUUGUCAUAGUUGUGCUUGUGGCAAUUCUAAUUCCUGGGACAAAGCAGAUGAAGAUGAUAUUAAACUUGUCAAUAUUCCUGUGACCACUCCUGAGAACUUGUACUUGAUGGGUAUGGAAUUGUUCGAAGAGGCAUUACGUCGAUGGGAACAAGCUCUAACCUUUCGAAAUAGACAGGCUGAAGAUGAAGCCUAUAGUUCCAUUAAACUGGGUGCAGGAGAUGCCAUUGCUGAAGAAAAUGUAGAUGAUAUUAUUAGUUCUGAAUUUAUCCAUAAACUUGAAGCUCUGCUGCAAAGAGCAUAUCGUCUCCAAGAGGAGUUUGAAGCUACCCUGGGGGCAUCUGAUCCUAACUCCCUUGCUAAUGACAUUGAUAAAGAUACAGAUGUCACUGUGAAAGGGAAUGUGGAUGACUUUGGCCUGCGAGACACCUUGAGCAUUGCAUCAACCGACUCCUUUGCUUCUGCAGCAGAGCUUGCAGAACACAGAGAAGUACGGCAUACCUACAGUCUGGAGUCUCUUUGUCACUGUCCUUUUUAUGAAGAAGCCAUGCAUUUAGUUGAAGAAGGAAAAAUUUACUCAAGAGUGCUUAGAACUGAAAUGUUGGAGUGCCUAGGAGACAGUGAUUUUCUUGCCAAACUUCACUGUAUUCGACAGGCUUUUCAGGUAAUCCUCUCAGAAACAGCCAACAGGAUAUUCCUUGCUGAGAGUGGAAGGAAAAUUUUAUCAGCAUUAAUUGUGAAAGCACGAAAGAAUCCAAAGAAGUUUGAAGACGUUUUUGAUGAAAUGAUCUAUUUUUUAGAGCAGACUGAUCACUGGGAUAGUACUGAAAUGGAACUUGCUGCUAGAGGAGUGAAAAAUCUAAAUUUUUAUGAUGUUGUUCUGGAUUUCAUAUUAAUGGAUUCCUUUGAAGAUUUAGAAAACCCACCCACAUCCAUACAGAAUGUAGUAAAUAAUCGCUGGCUGAACUCUUCCUUCAAAGAAACUGCUGUGGCUUCAAGUUGUUGGUCCGUACUAAAACAGAAAAGGCAGCAGAUGAAGAUCCCAGAUGGAUUUUUUGCACAUUUUUAUGCCAUUUGUGAGCACAUCAGCCCUGUCCUAGCGUGGGGCUUUUUGGGUCCUAGAAAUUCUCUCUAUGAUUUAUGUUGCUUCUUUAAGAAUCAAGUUCUUUUCUUUCUCAAAGACAUUUUUGACUUUGAGAAAGUGCGCUAUUCCAGUAGAGAGACUUUGGUGGAAGACCUGAAGCAGUUACUUACUCGCCGCACUGAACUUCUAACGGCCUAUCUUGGAGCUGAGGCACUGAGGCAUACAAGUAGUUGUAUAACUAGUCAAAGUCAUGUUAUGUCCAGUGGCCUCAUGGAAGCCAAAGUGCAAUAAGUUCCAUAAAAAUCAUACAAUUUGAGUGUGCUAUGAAAUAUAUUAAGGUAACUUGAUUUUGUAACAUAUGUUACACAGAAUUGGUAGGUAUGGACUCAGGGAGGAAAAAAUAUCUAGUAAAGAAUGAGUGACCGUACUGUAGUUACACAUAAGUUCUAUCACUGAAUCCCUAUGUAGUGUAUCCAAAGCAGCUUUUUACCAUCUUUAAAUAAUAAUUUAAGUUGUGAAAUGUAUAUUUUACAGAAAUAUUGCUUGAAUUGAAUGAAGCCAGUACUUGGGAGUUAAUUGAUUUGUCAUCUUGAAGCUGUCUGAAAUGUCCAGUAUGAUUCUCAAAGCUCUGAUUUUAUGCUUUGCACAUUGAAAAUAGACAUUUUAGCUAAGACCUUUGUGACCCACACGUGCAAGAAUAUAUUACACCUAGUGUCAACAAACUUAACUUUGCCUGAAAAUGUAUUUUUAAUUAUAAAGUUAUUCAUUUGUUUAAACAAGUUUAGACAGUAGUGGUGUUUAAUAUAUACUGCUUACAGUAUUGCUUGUGCAUUUGCUUAUGUAUUUGAAUCAAAGAAAUUGUAAUGGCUGAGUAUCAUUAUAAAACAUUUAAAUGAAUUGAUGCUGAGAAGUUUACAAGUUACAAGUUUAUAUUAAAUUUACUGCAGUUUCCAAAAUAUAUUUUGUUGGUCCUAUAAGUUACAAUAGAGAGACUGAAGAAAUUUUUAAAAUCUUUUUAUAGAUUAGAGCAUUUUUCCCUUGAAUAAAUAUUGAUUAAAAAGAUAACAUUUAGGGGUAGUCGGUUAGCUCAGUUGCUUAGAGUGUGGUGCUGAUAACACUAAGGUUGCCAGUUCAAUCCCCACAUGGGGGAAAAAAAAGAUAACAUUUAUUAACAAUGACAGGCAAUUAAAAUUUUUGCUGCGUAGUUUUGAGACUAUCUCCCAACAUCUGAAGGUAUUAUUUUUGGUACAGUAAAAUGGUUUCUCCUUUCUCUUUCUACGAAACAGGUUUUUAGUUAUUCCCACAGAGAACUUAGUACAUUUUGUCAUAUUAUGCCCAUAUUUGUAAAAUAGUCAUACUUUGAAUCUUAGGUUUUAAAGAAGGUUUAUUUUUCCCAUAAAUAUAGAACAAAAUAUUUUUAAUGGUAUGGAAGUAUAUUUCAUGUUCUUUAUGAGAAAUAUAUGAACAAAUGGGUUGUUCACAUAAAGAAGGUUCUUCAGAGUAUAUUAGAUACUUUCAGAGUUAUAUUAAUUUUGUGUCCAAACCACACACCACUUAUUUGAAGUGGAUGACUUAGUACAUCAAUGGAUUAGAUGUGUUGAUUUUGUUUUUAAAGUGGACUUUAUUCAUUUUAGGAGUGAGUUUCCCAGAAGGAUCUAACUAUAUUUUUUUAGAAUGCAUUUUUAGAUUAAAGUGCCUAGUUUCUGAUUAAUGAAUAGAAAAUGAAAAGUGUGUGGGGGGAAGCAUAAUCUUUUAAGGUUUUAAAUUUAUGUGUGUGCCACAUUUAUGUAACGUUAGUUACAAAAUUACAUACUCAGCAUCUUUAUGCUGUUUGCAUGCACUGUGUUCCAUAAUGUAUAGGUUAUGACAUUAAACAAUUUGAAAUAUUGCUCUAAUAACUUUUGAGUAUAUAGCACCUUGACUUUUCUUACAUAUAUUCUUAAUUUAAGAAUUGGCUAUUUGUAAUUCUUAUCAUUGAUGAAGGGGUAUCAUUAGAAGUAUCAAAGCUAAAAAUUCUAUUAUGUAAUGUUUUACUUUUUAUUUUGUAUCUUGUAUUUUUAGCUUCUUGUUGAGGUACCACUGGCCUUGAAUGAUUCACACACAUACACACAUGUGGGCACACACACAUUCCCAUUAUCAUGGAGGCAAGACAUUAUUGCUUAUAUUAAGUUUUCUAUUUGUGGGGGCUAAAUGUUUUAAGCUGUGGUUGUAUAAAUGGAGCUAUGCGUAAAUUUAAUUUUUUAUUUGAGGAAGAUGUUUGAAAUCUAUUUUGAAGAACUGCACUAUUUAAUAAUGCUGCUACUGCAUAAGAUAAAUGGGGAAUUUAUUUUAUCAGAUAAGAAGAAUGACUUUUCAGAAAGUAUUUUUUCCUUUUCUCUUUUACAUUUCAACUUAAAAAAAAAAAGGUUGCUCAUAUUCAAGAGGUUAGUUUGUCUAAUUCAGUUGGUUGAUUUUGUUUAGUUUCUGGUCAGUUCAGUAGCUACUCCUUUAGUAAGAUGCUUUCUUUGUGGCCUUUAACACAAGAGACAAGAGGGACCAAAUAGAAUUUAAGGGUAAUAAGUAUAGGGGGGGGAAACCUCUCUAAUGUAAGGGAAGAAACGUGACUUUUUAAAAAGUAACGUCUCUUGAAAAUGUUUUUGGGCACAGAAGAGCACUUAAGACAUAUGUGCCAAUUUCUGUUUGCCUUGAAACUGGGUUAAAUAGCUAAAGUAAUGCUUUAAAAAAAUAAGAAAAUGAUUAAAUGAGUUUAAAGCCUUUUAGGAUAAAACCCUGUUUAACACUUAUGGUAAUAUUAUCAGAAAGUUGCCAUUGCCACCAUGAAUCUUGUCAUCUGCUUCCCUAUAUAAAUUAUAAGAGGGCUUUCAAUUCAUCCUGACAAAAUGGAUAUUUUUUUCCUUCUGUUUUUCUGAAAGAAAAAAGGUAAGUGUUCAGGUGAUUUAUAUUUGGUUAUUUUUUUUCCCUAUUUUUGUUUCUCUACAUUUUUGUUCAACUAGAAGGUCUUAUUUCUUCUUGAAGGCUUACAGAAUGUUUAUUAAAUAUCAAAAUGAGAUUAUCUUUUUAAAAAGAAGCCAAGUUUUUCAUACUGUUAUACUCAGCUCCAAAUAACUUUCUCUCAUAUAGCAUGUUCUUUAUUUGCAUCCAUUUACUAUUCAUAAUUUGUUGAAUUUACUGACUUUAUAAAAAAUAUUUACAAGCUUUUUCUUGCCUUAAGAUGUAACAUUUUCUACCUAAAUGAUUACCUACGGAGUGAUAAUUUGCAUUACGAGAGUUCUUCAGUUUAUCAUUCCUUUAGACCUAUGAAAUAGGAAUGCUAAAGUAACAUUUAAUAUACUUCUGUGUGACCUUUCAUAAUCAGAAAUUUUAAAUUAUGGUCAUAAUUUACAUUUAUUUUAAUGUGAACACAUAUUAGGAAAUUAUUUGGAACAUACAUUUGAAAGUGAUUAUAUGAAUUAGGCUGAAUUCAAAAUUUUGGUUUUUUGCUUGGAUUAAUCAAAUACAGAAGUAUUUCUGUAUGUAAGACUUAAGAAUUUGUGUAAUCUGUGAUUAAUGGAAACAAGGGCAUCCUUUUUUGUUGUUACUAAUGAUUAUGUUAUUGUUUUGCUUAGUUUGAGAACAACCAUGUAUUAGAUUUACUUGGCUGAUACCAGUAAAUGUGUCUAUUUCUUAAACGUAAGGACUGCACUUAUUAAUUUAUGUAAAAGUGAAACACUGCAGUAGCAGAAGAAAAUAGCACUGGCUCUUUAGCCAAAAUAAGCACUUAUAACAUGGAUGUAUUUCUACUACUGCCAAAUAAAAAAGUGAUGAUA